AUGAAAUCAAAGCAGCGGUCGUGGGCAUACUUUGCAGCUUCUGUCAGGUCGCGAGCGGUGUUGGAUAUUGUCGCCAGUCUUGACUUCCGUUCUUUUCACACGGUCCAGCCGCGCGCGGGUGUCACCGACGAGAAUGCGCAGUACUUUUUCCCAAGAGGAAGCACCCUCUUGGUUGGCAACGCCGACCAGCUUCCUCUCGGUUUGGUGUGCGGCAUAUGCUGCAUGGACGCCUUCGAGAUGUGUGUCGGUGGCAGUCGUGGACAGAAAUGCAAUAACUGUAUUCAGAUCGAUCACAAGUCCUGGUCCAUGCAGAGGGUGCAAUAUGCUCUGAGCAAUGAAGCGUUGGUGCAAGAAUACAGGUCGAGCCCUCAUUUACUUGCCACAUUAUUAUGGUGUUUGUGGCCUGCUGAGCAGUUGCGCGUCAAGACCCGGAAGAGCUCUUACAGGUAA